AUGAAUAGAGAAUCUUAUCAGGGUCCGCAAGGUCCACCACCACCAUCGGCUUCAAGCACAGCCACACCAAGGGCGAGUGAUAACGCUCCCAAGAUGCUUUAUAAUUGUGCUGAUUGCGGAACGGAAAAUGAAAUUAAACCGAAAGAACCCUUACGUUGUAAAGAAUGCGGUCAUCGAAUAAUGUAUAAACAACGAACAAAAAGGA